UAUAGAUCAAUCAUCCAGGGGAAAGCAGAAUGCCACCUCGUAACCGCCCCCGACCACGAAUCACAUGGUGGAUGCGCCUCCGCCGAUUCAUCUACACAUUCGAGACACCACUCCACCUCCGUGGAACUCUCGUCCGUCUCAGCCACCGACACAAGUAUCCCAUUCUCGCACUACUCCGCCUCUUUGUCCCCUUACCAACAUGGCAUUUCCCUGUCCCAGAACCAGCACCCCCCAGAACUAUGCUAGACAACAUUCCCCUCCUGGAGUCCCGCAUGGCCUCUGAAGACCUUACUAACAUGCGUUCCGUCCCCAUCUGGCGCGCAAGGGAUACCCCUAUCCGGUCCCUGUACCGUCUCUACGAGGCCAUGGCCGCGGGCGAAUACUACGCUAUAGGCCCAGAGGUCGAGUAUUUCUGGUACCAACGGUCAUGGAUCCUCUGCCACGUGCCAGAUCCGAGGGAUCCUGACCCUGUCCGGUACGCGAUCCUAGCUUCCAUCGCAGAGGAGCUUGCUAAAGCAUUUAAUUGGCGGCUAAGUCUGGGGAUGCGGCGUGAUAAACGCAAGCAUAUCUACCGUAAAACUCUUGAGGAUGUGCUUCCUCCGUAUACACCGGAAACUGCACCGUCUUGGACCGAACGUGUCCCUCCAAUUGAUGUCGAGUGGGUCGCAGAUUUACCAGAUGCUCUAGACUCAUCCGGUAGACUAGUGCUUGAAGCAGGUGGAAAGAGUCCCACGUUUGCAGCGAGGAAUAUCGUUACUGAUACUGGUCACUUCUACACGGUCUAACCCUGGCAGUCCUGCUGCUGCUGCUGCUGAAGCUAUUCGCACUCACGUUGUUCUCGUUCCCUAUGGGCCAUCUCUAAGCAAACGCCUCCUCGUGAUACUUCUUGCCAUAGGCCGCGGCAAUCUCCUCCAUCGUCGCGUGGUCAGGUACCUUUUCAGUGGAGCAUAUAUUCAAGGUCCGAAUAUACUCUCUUUCUAAUAGGCCACCAUUCCGCAUCUUCAGGUGCCUCAGUAGUGCGAGAGCAUCA